AUGGCUACCAAUAAGAACCAGUACCAGACAUUCCCCACGCCCGUUGAAGGCCCAAAAGUCCCAUACAAGGCGACUCAGGAAUCCAACCCCAUCCUGCGUGGCCGGGUGCUGGAAAUAGCUGCUACCUUGGUCCAGUCCUCGAGUUUCAUCCAGGCUAUUCUCUGGCGCAAUGCAGGCUUCUCUACGCUCCGUGACAUUAAAGAGUUGACUGCAUACGAACCGAAAUUCGACCCUACUGUCCUCCCUCCGUCGACCCAAUACGCUGGCACAGAGGCUCCCGAGCUACCGGUCCCCGCCAGGCGCCGUCAGGAUGGCAAGGGCGAUUACUACACCUCUGCUGAUUACCGCGAGCUCUACCAGGCUGGGAAGCUGACUCCUACCGCUGUUGUGGAGGCGUUGCUGCCCAUGAUCCGACGUGAUACCUCACCUCCGGGCGAGUUCUCACCGGGUUUCUGCCAGUCGAAGAUUGAUAUCAUUCGUGCUUCAGCGGAGGCUUCUACGCAAAGAUGGGCAAAUGGCACUCCGUUGGGCCCGAUGGAUGGUAUCCCUGUUGCUGUCAAGGAUGAAGUAGACAUCGAUGGAUAUGAUAAGUACAUGUCAAGCAAGGUCAACUUCACGGCCAAUCCCAAUUUCACUUCCUGGUGCGUGAAGAAAUGGGAGGAAGCCGGCGCUAUUGUCAUUGGAAAGACAGUUAUGCAUGAAAUUGGACUCGACACUACAAACAACAAUCCUGUUGUUGGAACACCAAGAAACCCUCAUAACCCAGGAUACUACACCGGUGGCUCCUCCGGAGGCUCUGGUUAUGCAGUCGGCGCUGGCGUUGUGCCUAUUGCACUUGGAGCUGAUGGUGGUGGCUCCAUCCGCAUUCCCUCCAACUACUGCGGGAUUUACGGACUUAAAACGACUCACGGCAGAGUUUCAGCUGCUCCAUCAUGUAGACUGGCCACAAGUGUAGGAGUGCUUGGCCCAAUGGCGUCUAAUCUUGAUGAUCUUGCGAUGGCCUACCGUAUUAUGGGAGCCCCGGAUCCAAACAACCCUGUGUCGGCGGCGUUCCCCGACCCGUUGCUGAGCAUUCCAUCUCCUGCUUCGUCUAGAGGCAAGGUUAUCGGAGUAUACAAAGACUGGGUUGAGCGGUCUGACCCAGAGGUGCUAGCCAUGUUUAAUAAGGCUAUCGACUACUACCGUGACGAACAAGGUUAUGAAAUCGUUGACAUUACCAUUCCAUAUAUCCCUGAAGGUGGGAAGUGCCAUGCCCUAUCAAUCCUAAAUGAGAUUGCAAGCGGUCUUACUAAAGAACAAAUCUCCCAAUUAUCUGCUCCCACAAAGAUCCUGGUGUCUGUGGGCGGAACCCAAGGCCUUGCACAGGACUAUUUCGCUAGCCAGAGGAUGCGCCAUCUACUCAUGAACCAUCUCUCAUUCUUAUUCCAGAAAUACCCCGGCAUAAUUAUCGCCACUCCCACCACACCUUCAGCUGGCUCCAAGAUUUCUCAGGGCGAAGCUGAUCUCACCCACGGAAUCAGUGAUAACAACUCAACCUUGAUAUCUAUGGAAUAUGUGUACCUCGCCAACUUUACUGGAUGCCCGGCCAUAUCAUGUCCAAUGGGCUAUGCUGAUGAGACCUCCAUCCCCGUUGGGCUGAUGGGUAUGGGAGAAUGGGGCAGUGAGGAAGCCUUAAUUGAAUGGGCUCGCGACGGUGAGGGAAUGCUGGGUGGUAAGGGAUUGAAGACCCCCAACAAGGAGAAGGGCGGCAAGUGGAUUGAUACUAUUAGUUUAGCACUUCAUCCAAGCACCGAUUGA